AAAAAAAAAGAAGAAGAAGAAGAGGAGGAAGAAGCAGCAGCCAAGUACGGGUCAGUAUCCAAACAUGCUCGACAGGCAAGUCGGUUUAAUACGACUUGCAUGCCACGCGUAUAAUUUAUGAGUGCAGGUGUAUCAAGCGUCUCAUGACUCCAGAGUAUCAAAUAACUCUCCUCCUUGCGAAUCCCUCUCCUACUUUCUUCUGUUUCCGGAGUGGAUCGAGGAGAAAAAAACAUGGUGGGGAUUUCAGCACUUCUCCAACAAAUCCCCCCAAUUCCCAGAACUGCCCCCAGCCUUUUAAGAACUUCCCAAUUUACCCCUCCUUGGCUCCCCAAAACCCUAAUCAAAAGCCCCAAAAAUGAGAGCAGAUUGGUGGCAUUUGCAGCAGAGAGAGGCCCAAACAAGGGUCAGAACGGCAGCGGCAACGGCCGUGAUGAUAUGAAGAGAAAUGGACGGCCGAUAUUCAGCCUCAAAUGGCAGGAUCUACUCGACCCAGACCCCGAGAACAUCCUGGCCGUCGGAUUGACUGGGCUCCUGACGUGGGCCAGCGUCCAGGUCCUCUGUCAGCUCUUCUUCAUCUCUCUUGCUAUCCUUGUAGCUGCUCUCAAAUUCGGCGUGUUCAAAGAUGGUGCUAAUUCUUUAUGGUGCUGAAUGUUCAUCAUAAGAGGAAGUCCAGCUGGGAGCUCUUCCCACACACUGAGGCUUGAUAAUCAUGAAAGAACUGCAUGAGGGGUGGAACAUUAGACUAUUUUACUUCUUCAUUAGCAACUGAAACAUCCCUCCAGGUUAGGGUUUGUUUCGUUUUUGGUUGUUGGCCUAUCAUUCCUCGACCUAUAGGAGGCUCUCUAUAGUCACCUUAUGCAGGAAGUUAGCAUGUUGUCCCAUUGUUGAGGACAGUCCUUGUAGGGCACCAAAUCAUCUCCAAGUUCCUAAUUAAUUAUCUCAUCAACUUUUAAUGCAAGUGUAUAUGCAUUGGACAUCGUAAAUACAGCUUUGAAAGUUAAUUCAUUUCUCAUGUCUAAGACCAUUAAGAUAUCUUGAAAAUUUUUAAUUUUCAUACUCAUGAACCCCCACAAUGUUGAUGUAUGAAACUCCUCGAUGUAUUCAUUUACUGAUUUGUUCCCUUGA